AUGCCAUCGACCCCAUGGACAAAACCGGACACAAGCACAUGCCCAAUCGCCGUAUUCGGCGGCGGCAUAGUGGGCCGACGAAUCGCCAUGAUGUGA